UUCCCAUAAUGCAACCCUGCUGACCACCUUCUACUGCUGUCAUCUUUGACAAUUGACUAUAGUGAAAUUAAUGCCGCUGCUGUUUACAAUUUUCUCUGAUUUAAUAAACAAUUUUGCGCUGAUAUUUUGCACUUUUGCUUUUAAAAUACCAUUUGUGCUUUUUUGUUCAUUAAAUAUACCAGCAAUUUAUAAUGUUUUACCACAUCUCCCUCGAGCAUGAGAUUCUCUUGCAUCCGCGUUAUUUCGGUCCACAAUUGCUGGAGACGGUUAAACAGAAACUUUAUACAGAAGUAGAAGGUACAUGCACGGGGAAGUAUGGAUUUGUGAUAGCGGUGACCACAAUCGAUCAAAUUGGCUCAGGUGUCAUACAGCCCGGACAGGGAUUUGUAGUGUAUCCAGUAAAAUAUAAGGCGAUUGUAUUCCGGCCGUUCAAGGGAGAAGUGCUGGAUGCAGUUGUAAAGCAAAUUAACAAAGUAGGCAUGUUUGCUGAAAUUGGGCCACUAUCGUGUUUCAUUUCACAUCACUCUAUACCAGCUGACAUGCAAUUCUGUCCAAACGGCAAUCCACCGUGCUACAAAUCAAAAGAUGAGGAUGUCGUAAUUUCUGGUGAAGAUAAAAUACGCUUAAAGAUUGUCGGUACACGUGUGGAUGCCACUGGUAUUUUCGCAAUCGGCACACUGAUGGACGAUUACCUAGGUUUAGUAUGCAGUUAAUUUGAUGUAGAUGCUUGGAUGUGGUACUAAAUAAUUUGCGACUCGUUUUUUAUAAAUAUACAUAUGUAUGCAUAGGUUGCGUUCAGAAAUGCAUCAAGCCAAAGCAUCAGUUACAGUCGCUACAACAACAACAAUCAGUCUCUUUUAUUUCUAAACUAUAAUUGAUGGAAAUGUCAAACAUGCGCAACCACGGUUAAAAGCCGAAUGUAACAUGGUUGCGUAAAUAAGACAUUUCCAUUAAUUAUAAUUUAGAAAUAAGAGAUUGGUUGUUGUUGUUGUGCUUUGCUUUGGCUUGAUGCAUUUUUAAACGCACUCACACACAUGUCUAUGUUAGAAUAUAUGUAAUAUUUAUGUAGAUAUACAUAUGUAUAUGAGAAAGAAAUACAUUUAAUUCUAAUUGAAUUUAAACACGAAAAUUGCCGUUUAUAUAAACAUAUUUUUUCUAUGCGUUAAAUAUACAUAUUUUAUUUUUUUUAUUUUUAAGGAACAACAUACAUAAGUAAAAUAUGAAUGUUUAAAAACAAUGACUAAUAUGCAAUUCGAAAUUAACGAUAUACGCGUUUUACAUUCAUACAAGCGUGUGUAAA